UAAGUUUAUAUUAAGAAAGGUUGGCUAUAUUUUCAGAAACAUGUAUAAUUAAAUAUUUUUCGCUGAGUGUAAUCUCGAAAUAAAUAUUAUUUUUACAAAAACUGUUUGCAAAAACCAAUUUCAAGACUUUUUGAGAAUUUCUCCAGAAGCUGUAAGUAAAUUCUUUUUUCAGUAUGUUUCUUGAACGAGGUACAUAUGUACAUACAUUGAGUUCGAUUAUGCAGAUUUAUCGAUUGAAAGGAAACGAUAAACGUUGGAAUGAAUGAUCCAUUGUUCUGGUCGCUGCACCGCGCCGACUGAUCUAUCGUUGACAUUUCGAGUUCGGAGAACGUUGUCAGUCGCUUUAUGUUUAUCUCUGUUAUCACAAACGAGCAAUGCGCCGUUCGACAAAACUCGACAAAUUCAAUCUCGAACGCAGAUCUUUCAUAUACGAGUAAAUGCAUUUUUACAUAACAACGAACAGCUGUUGAUUCGAGCUACUUCCUAAUGAAACGAAUAUGAACGCUUAUAUGUAUACAUCUCAAAAUUUUCUCAUCUUUUUAUAUAAAGAAUUACAAGUAAAUACAUUCAACAAAAAUUAAACACUUGAAAUUCUUCAAACAUUCAUUUAGUAAAUGUUUAUUUCCAUGGAACAAAUUAAACCACGCCGAUGGUACUUGAACCAUGUUUCUGAAAAUAGAGCGGAACGGAAACGGUUCGGAAACCCUCUGGAACAGUAUAUAUACACAUCCGCACGUUUUCUUGGCGGAGAAUGCACGCGAGGUCACGGGACUCGUGAACAAUCCGCAGUCGAAGAUCGUUCCUCCACGGAACUGUCGACGAAUUUGAAAAACGCGGAGUCGAAAAGAGAAGUUGGCUCGACUAGAAAUAUACCCGGGCGAGAAGUCGCCAAGCUGAUUUCGCGGGGAAGAACGAACGCGGAGGCUCGUAUCCGUGAUUGGAAAGGCACGAGACAAGAGAAACAGGUUUAUAUCCGCAGCGUGUGAAGGCGCGGAGCGAAGAUAAACGAAUCGAAGCGAAAGUGAGCCGAACGCCUCAGUUUCCAGCGAACUGUUCGAUGGAACCGCGCGCGGUACUUAAAUUCCAUGAAGAGAACAUUUUCUGCCGUUCGAUGGCGUAUAAAAAGAUUUUUGAGCAUCGCGAGUGGAGAGGAUAAUCGGUGAUACACGAUCGGGAAGCGUUGGCGGUGAGAGCGUGGUCGUUUCGUGGCUUGCACCUGCGAUCUUGAAUGGCACUGCGAUACGAACAGGAAUUCGAGUAGAGGGUCGAGUCGCGGUUCUGUUGGACGUUCUUUGAAAGCGAAACCGGUGAUUGGAAUCGAAUCGAGUGGGUGCCCUGUGAAGCUUCCCGGAGUUAAGAACGCGACAGGUGCAUCGGCUGUGAAAUAAAAGGUUGCAGAAAAUGCAUGCACGAGGAACAGAAAUCGUGGCGCGAAGUCUAUAUUGAGAUAGGCGUUUUAUCAAAUAUAUGUGAUUAAUGCAAAUAUAAAAACGAGUCCGAAAGACAUUUCUUUUAUAAAAUAAAAUCAAGUAUCUAAUACGAAAGAUCAAUAAUGAAGUAAAAAAGCAUUUAAUAAAAGAUCUGAUUCUGAUCGGGACAUCGUUAUCGGUGACAGGCGCAGGUGAGAGAGAGGGACACGCGGGUAAAAGGCAUUAAAUUGCACCGAUCGUUUGCGUACGACGUUCGAGGACUGAUAAAACCGUUCAGCACGGCAGCGAUGGAGGGGCGUUGGUAUUCCAGCUCGCGAUAGCGGAUCGGUUCGCGAGUUGUUUUACACAAAACGUUUCUCGCGACCGGGGCCGAACGAUUCGUUCUCGAUCUACACGCGCUUCGUACGUUUAAACAUUUAUCAGUUGGCGAAUAGAAUUAACGCGAAGCAUUCUCAAGCAAUCGCCGUGAAUUGCGAUGAUCGUGAGUGACAAGGAUCGCGGGCAGAAAAAUACAGGCAUGCGCAUAGCAUGGAGCUUCCGGUUUCCAUCGAUGGGUACCCUGCAAAAUCUAGGCGCCAGCGGCCGUCGUCGGAAAAGAAACGGCAUACCCUCUUCAACCUCUUGUAAGGACCUCCAUCAGAAGCGACACACGAUCCACCUACAGCCGGAAGUAAUUAUUCAGAAGGAGCCAUCUUUCAUCGUGACGCCGCCGUCACCGGAUGAUCCGACCGAGCACUACAGAAGGUCGUCGGAAGUAAAGGACGAGGAGGCGAAGGAGGACGAGGUGGUCGUAGUGAACAGGAGGGUGGACUGCGACGCGUGCGAAUCCGCUGCCAAAAGGGUUGACAGCAACGACUACUCGAAUCUGCCAAUGGAGCCACCAGAAGAGUCAACACGCAAACUUCUCGAGCGGGAACUUCGACUUCUGGACCCCAGGGAUUUAAGAUCGCAUGCUUGGUACCAUGGUAGCACCCUCCGCGGUGGCAGAAAGGGUGCCGAGACGGAAGUACCAAACGACGGCGAUUUCCUGGUGCGAGACUGUGCCUCCCAACCCGGAAACUACGUCCUCACGGUCCGAUGGAAGGGACAGCCUCUCCAUUUCGUUAUCAACAGGGUAGUAAUACAACCAGAAACAGUAUACGAAAGAGCCCAAUACCAGUUCGAAGACGAGGCAUUUGACACGGUAGCAGAUCUGAUAACGUUCUACGUGGGCAGCGGUCGACCGAUAAGCCAGGCGAGCGGUGCGCGUAUAAUCACACCGAAACCACGCUGCGUUCCUUUGACUCACGUGCCGGCGAGCAACCAGCACUGCUCCAGUCCUUCGUCCUCGUCGUUGUCAACCGGCUCUCCUCCUCGUCUACCUCGGAAACAACAACGAAGCCACUCGCUGACUGCCCAGCAUCCUCCCAUAGAUCAGCACGACGCUCGACAAACGUCUAAUCAACAGACAACGACGCACGUGCCGGUUCAGUCGAGCACGUUGCCACGAGUCCCGCCUAUUCAGAAUCAGCCACCGUCGUGUUCCUUGUCCCUGGGACGUCAAAAGAUCACCAGGGUGAUCUCCGACCCCGCUUUACAACAACAGCAACAGUCGAUUCUACCAGCGAGUUUGAAUCAUCAAAGUUCUCAUGCCACGGCACCACCGAAACCACCGAGGGUACCGUAUGCGGCUAAUUACCAACAGCACGCUCAUUAUCAUCAUCAUCAUCAUCACCAUCACCAUCAUCAUCCUCAUCCCCAUCCUCAUCAUCAAGGCUACCAGGCCAGCGGGAGUGACAGCGGGAACGGGUCCGGUGACAGCGAGUUCGAAACGAACAACUCUGGGGGUGCCAGUAACCCUUCCUCGUCUGUUCCCAUAAAAGGAGUCGUGAUCAGGAGUUACUAUAACAUCAGUAACGACGGCACUAAUGGAAAUAACGGCAACGAGUACGAACUAUCCGCGGAGGAGCAGCUAGUAGUCGCCGCACCGUCUUUAGAGAUCACAACGGCUUUGGACAUCGAAGGAUUCACUACUCUUUUAUUGCCAGCCGGUGAACACAGGCCUCUGGAUCCCACCGCUUUAAGAGGAGUCUCAGGAAUGUUACACGACUCCGCUCCGAGAGUGUUGGCCUCGCACCUGACCAAAAUCGACUUGGAAUUAGCUCUACAGCCCGGUAUCGGAAAUAGAAACGGCCUCAGUGGUAUAGAGUUAGCUACUCUACCACACGGAAGGCAAGCCAGGAUGGAUUUGAUCGAGAGAUCGGAAUGCUUGAAGCUUCUCGUGGCGGUGACUGUACUGGCUGGAGCCACUGCUAUUGAAAGAGCAGCUACGAUCAGCAAGUGGAUCAAGGUAGCCAUCGACACCAAGACUGCCCUGGGCAAUUUAUACGGCUUCUGCGGCGUCAUGCUCGGACUGUGCUUACCCCAGAUACAAAGGUUGGCAAACACCUGGCAUUUAUUGAGGCAGAAACACACCGAUGAAGCGUUCAGCUUCGAGGCGAAGCUCAGACCGACGCUCAGAGCUAUGAACGAGUGCACGAACCCUCAGGCACCGAACACUACUCUUCCUCAUCUAUUACCCAUCGCUCUGCUCGGGGAACGAGGGCCUGAAGAUAUUUUGGGAACGGCAGCACCGUCAGGGCUGACGGCAGCAGUUCUAUCGCCCUGGGAGAAUUCUGCGCCCGAUUGUGGCCUCACGAUCGUUUGGUCCCAUUUGGAAUCGGCUCGAAAAAUGUCAGAGAAUCUUCCUCUGUUCCGUAGGAACGCGGAAAUCGUACUGGAGGGCUCGCGAAGCGACGAGCUAUUAUCUGACGCGUUCCGAACGGAGUUUCACAUAAAAUUCCUUUGGGGAAGUCGCGGUGCCACGGUUGCACCGGAGGAGAGGCAUCUAAAGUUCACGCAGGUGUUGGACGCGAUGUUCGACAAAUGUUCGUCGAGCGAAGUGACGGCCUAAAGACGACCGGCGACCAAAGGAGAAUAUUUUAUAUUUUUAGAUAGAACCUCGAUUACUUUGGUAAUCGCCGAUUUUUUGAAGCAACUUUUCCUCGAUACGCAAAGCAAAGUUGAAGUGAAGGGACCCGAACGUGCUGUUUCCUUUCGACAGACUUUAGUACUUUUUAAGUGUAAAUUAUCGUUGUGUAAUUAUGUAAUUAAGUGACCCGUGUACAUUGAUUAUAAUUUCGUAAGGCGUUAGUAUUUUAUUUGAUAUGUUGAUCGAUUGUGAUUGAAUACACUUAUUAUUAAUUGACCAUACACGUUUCUUCGACAAUUUGGACGAACAUUUCUUCGCGACCGGACCGUUCCCCCGCAAUUUCUCGCCGUUUUGAGAAAUUCUUUUUCUAACGAGAUCGCAGCUCGUAAGCGUGAACCGUGUAAUGUGACUCCACCGUUGCGACGAACAAUUACGCUAUAAAUGAAAACAACGAAAUAUUUACAUCUCGUUACGCGUAACACACGUUACGCACAUACGUAUUUAUAUAUACAGAAUACUUGGUCGCGAUGGUCGAAUCGUAUCUGUGAGGGACAAAAAAUCAAAAGCAAAUAGCAUUAACGUGAUUUGUAUCGCAGAUGUAUUUAGCGCAAUAACAAUUCCUGAAAAGUAAUUAACGAUCCUUGAGACGGAGGAACCUCAUUUAAUAUUUCGGGAGAAGAAGAAGUGAGUGACGGUAUGAUAAUCAAAUCAAGUUGAACGUGUCGUGUACUUAAGCUCUAACCGAUCCUAUUAUUAUUCGGCCGAUUAUACAUACAUUGUAAAUGUUGUUCACGUUUGUUCACAUUUAAUAAUAUAUACAGAGAAUGAAAAGAUUUAUGUUUUAAUUGUCCAAUCAA